AAUAGAGGUGGUUCUACAAGAAAGUGUACAUAGUAUUUCUGCAGCCGUUUGAUAGUGUGCAAAAGACUACACGGUCUGCAAUCGCUGAAAAACGACAAAUAUCGAAGCUUUGAUUUGAUGUUAAAAGUUAUGCCUGGACUAAAGUUAGACCCACCUCCACCAAUCAACUGUCAACAACCGGGAAUUGCCAAGUCUGUUUUAUAUAGUGGAUCGAAAUUUAAGGGUCAACAAAAGAGUAAAGGAAGUUGUUAUGCAGUUGAAGUCGAACUACAGCAUGUAGAUGAGCAAAACUGUUACUUGUGUGGUUACCUUAGAAUUAAAGGCCUUACAGAAGAAUAUCCAACGCUGACGACCUUCUUUGAUGGGGAGAUCAUAAGUGAGAAGCAUCCCUUCUUGACAAGGAAGUGGGAUGCUGAUGAAGAAGUGGACAAGAAGCAUUGGGGUCAAUUUCCAUCGUUUUUCAAUUUUUCUAGCACUUUCAACUCUGAUUCAUUUAAGUAUGAUCAACUUGCAAACGAAGACUUUAUUUAUAUGAGGUGGAAGGAACAUUUUUUGGUGCCAGACCACAGAAUUAGAGACAUCAGUGGAGCAUCGUUUGCUGGAUUCUACUACAUUUGCUACCAGAAGUCCAAAGGCGCCAUUGAUGGAUAUUAUUAUCACAAGAGCUCUGAAUGGUUUCAGUCUUUGAAUUUAGAGCACGUAGCUGACCAUAGUAUGCCAAUUUAUGUUUUCCGCUGAAGGAUAAAGACAACUGCGAGAAAACUGACGAAAAAACAAGAUUGUUGGCAAGUUGCCAGCCAGCCUAGAGUGAACUGACUCCAUGUCCAGGCAUAAACUGGAAACAUGCAAUACACACUAACCUGCUAUAUUUUUGUGUAGAUACACUGUGUAUGUAUUGAUAUUACAGUAAUUUAAUUCAUUGAUUAAUCUAAAAAAAUAUUAUUAAGUAUAGAGAGGUUGGUAUUGGAGGAACUUACAUAUUAGUAAUUAGGACUGAUAUGACCAUUGCAACUUGUAUACCAAUAGGUAAAGUAUACAACACUGUAAAUGGACUGUAUAACUUUGUGUCCACAUGGGUAUAGAGUACUUUGAAAGGACUGUAUACUCUAUAUUUCUCAUGUAUACGUAGUGUGAACCACAUACGUCAAAGUUUGGAUUGGAUUUAAUCUCUAUUUUAGUAUGUCAGUCCUGAGUAGCAUAGUUGCUAAGUCAUAUGAAGCUUGCAAUCCAACGUAGUGUCACUAAAUGUUAAACUGAGUAAUUAGCAACAAUGUGGCAGUAAUCUGUAGUUGAGAACAGAGAAACAAAUACUUUACUCACAACUUGGGAAAUAAUUGAUUCUAGUGACCCAGGGGCGUACCGUGGGGGGGUCGAUGGGUGCGGUCGACCCCCCCCUUUUAAAGAAAGUUCCCUUUAAAUAUGCUCGCAAAUAUGCUCGCUUCACUCACAAAUAACGCACCCCGCGAAUUCUGAAAGCUUCGCUAAAUUGCUCCGAGUUCAGCUUGCCCCCUGCACUUUCGUUUCGACCCCCCCCCCCUUAGAUUUUUCACCGUACGCCCCUGUGACCUGUCAUUAAGCUUACAAUGUGAAGAAUAUGAAUAUUUUAAAAAGUCAAUCUUUUUGUUUUGUUUUGGCAUGACAAGCCCCAUACUGUUAAAAUACUGUACCACUAUUUCCAUCAUACAAUAUUUUAAAUCAAAUUUCAUUUUGAAUUUGAAAUAUUAAUUUAUGGUUUUGAGAAGUAAAUUUUGAUAACAGUGUACUGUGUUAUGAUCUUCUGUAUCUCUACAUAAUUUGCCAUACAGGCAGUACCAUAUCUAGGGGAUGCAUGCCCCACCCCAAAAAAGAUUGCUCCCCCCCUCUGUUAAAAACGUCUGAAGGAAAAAAAAUCAUGUUGAAGUUGUUAAAAAUCACCUUAUCAUGCAACCCAGAGUCCCCUUACUUAAUUGAGCCCCCACUCCACCUUUGCGCCCCUAAUUUGUUAUAGAUAUAGCUAGGUAUAUCUACCAUCUUGUUUGUAAGGGCCCAAGGGGUUUACACAAGAACAGUUAGCCAAAGAGACCUGAGAAUUUUGAUCAUUUUAAUGUUAAUGCCAUAUGUGGGAAGACCAUUCUAAUUAUAUAUCAUGGGUGUGAAUUUGGAAUGAAAUUGGAUCCAAGGCCUGAAUAUUGGGGGCUGGAAAGAAUGAUUAUUUUAGGGGUCAAAUUACUUAAGAGUAAUCAAGAACAUGUUUGUUGAUUAUAAAAUUUUCACAUUUUAAUCAUAAUAUAUAAUACAAAUGACUGAUCAUUAAGAUUAUGUCAGGAAGGUUGAGGGUGAGGUUCUUUAUUAUUGUUAUGCUUGUUUUAAAACUUGGUUAUAUUUUAUGUAUGUAGAUAUUAUAAUUCUUUCUUAUAACUCAUGUUAAACUGUAGUGUUUUAUUUAGAAAAUCAAGAGGAAUAGACUGUGAGAUGUUAGUGGAUGAUUGCAUAGGUGGCUAGAUUGUGUAUUUUUUUAUACAAACAUUAAAUGGAAAAUGUUGUGGAUGGUAAAUUCUUUUAUUUAAUUAUUUACAAAAACUAAGUUGAUUACAUUAAUGUAAAUAUUUAAUUAUUGUUAUUGUAAAAUCAUUGCAGUUUUUAAUAAUUUUUCAGUAUGUUAUAGAAACACAAUUAAAAUGGGUUUGUUAUGGUUUUUACAUUAACUUGUGUUAAUGUUGAAGCAAGAAAAGGUGAAAGUGGUGUGCAAGAGGUCUGCAUUUGAUGUGGCCU